AGUUGUUGAAGGUCAAAUAUUUCCCUUUAUGACAUACUGUCCACGAGGCAGACUGGUUAUAUUGUGACAUGCGGAUGUGCGGACAUAUACGCGAUCGUUAACGCCAAAUGAGCGACGUACGCCCUCGAACAUUGCAACAAGCGGGUGCGUUGUGGUCGCGCAGGCUCUUUGGCCAGGACGACGUCACCUUCCUUUCGUGGAUGGCGUACAACGUUCCGCCGAUGCUGAUGUGUACCAUGCUGGCAUGGCUGUACGUGCAAUGGAAAGUGGCCAAGCUGACACCGAUGGGCGCUGAAGAGGCGAUCCGCGAACGAGUCAAGCUGGAGCUCCUGCGCCGCUACCAUCAGCUCGGGCCGAUGACGUUCCACCAGGCAGCCGUGCUGGCGCUGAUGACCUUCAUGAUAUUCCUGUGGCUCACGCAAAACCCGCGCGUCAUCCCCGGCUGGUCCAACCUGUUUCCCUACGGCAAGCAAAUCCUGUCCUCGGUGCCCGCGGUGCUGGUCAGCAUCCUGCUGUUCGUGGUGCCCAAGGACCCCCGCCAGGGCCUGCGCAGCAAAGGGCUGCUCACCUGGGAAGAGGCCAGCGUCAAGAUCCACUGGGGCACCAUCUUCAUCAUCUGCGGCGGAAUGACGCUGGCCGAGGCCUCCAAGGAUUCGGGUCUGUCGGCCAUGCUGGUGAUCAAGAUGCGCGGCCUGAACGUGCUGCCCAGCUACCUGGUGGUCAGCGUGCUCUGCUUCUUCGCCUCCAUGCUGACCGAGGUGACCAGCAACACGGCCAUCACGGCCAUCAUGCUGCCCAUCAUCUUCGAGAUGGCCGUGGCACUGGAGGUGCACCCGCUGUACUUUGCCAUCCCCGUGGUGGUGGCCUGCUCGUUCUCCUUCAUGCUGCCCGCUGCGACGCCACCCAACGCCAUCGUCUACGAGAUGGGGAACUUCCGCAUCGUCGACAUGGCGGCUCCCGGGUUCGUUAUGAACCUGGUGUGCGUCGUCGUUGAGCUGGUGGCCAUCCACACCCUGGGCCCCCUGGUGUUCGGUCUGCACAGCUUCCCCGAGUGGGCGUCAGCGGACCAGAACGCCACCGUGGCGCGCGCACUAACCGAGCAUACUGUUUAAUGCGCCCUCUGCUCGGGUUAUCUUCGCAAUGCGUUGAACCGGUUUCCGAACGUUUACGCUGCCUGCCUGCAACGUGCACGAUGGCAUCAAAACGGCAUCCAGCGAAGGACGACCAUAACUGGAGAAGUCGGGCACAGUGGCAAUCAGAGACGUACACGCUGUAUAUAUUUUUGCACAGCCUCUUUUGCUCCCCCUUUCCUUUUAUUUUUUCUUUUGUUUAUGUUGUAUAUCGCUGCUCUUGCUGUAUAUCGCCGACUCUUAUAGGGUUAAUUGUUUUUUUGAAUUUUCUAAACGAGGUAUUACGAAGAAUUUCCGCCGCUAUAUGCUCUUUAUAUUAGCCAUAUAGUCUCAAACGUGCCGAAGUUCGUCGCUUAUCUGAGACAAUGGCCACCGACAUUAUCAUUGCGCGCGCUGCGUUAUCUCGUUGGUCAUGCAGAGACAGUUGGUAAUAAAAAAAAUUGACG